CACUUCCCGAGGCGGACGCAAAAACUGCGACCUGCCCGUCCGAAAGGCGUCUUUAGAUUCGCAUCUUAGUAGCAGCAAGCAAGCAGGCAAAACCUCCCCAAUUUAGCAAGCAGAAGCACAUCUCGGGGCCACACAUCGGAACAGUCUGCCACUGUUCCGAAACACAAGUAGCUCGCGGUAGUGCGGUUUCAGUGAGCCAGUGCGCCAGUUGCAUCGUCCCCGGCACCGAACGGAACGGCAAUCAUAUUUUUGCAAAACAUUUUCUACACACGCACCUUCGCGUCCUUGCAGCAAGGUUCCGUUCCCGUUAAACUUCCGCCAAGUUCCAAGCGCGUGCGAUAAAGCAACGUAAUUUUUCAAACAAGAAACGAACGUACUGUGUGGUUCAAUGCAUUGCAAGUGAUAAAAAGAAGAAGAAAAGCAGUUUCAGUUAUUUGUUUGUGUGUAUAUGUGUAUGUGUGUGUAUGUGCAUUUGUUCCUGUGUCGUUACGUGGAGUAAAGCGCUGCAAAAAAAUAUAACAAACCAAAACAACAAUCGUGCACACAGUAAAAUUUUAACAAAUUGACGCCUUGCGAGUGAGUUUAAACACAGAUGCUUAAAAGAUGAAAACAACGCAACUCCGGUGCCCGAGUGUAUGUAACGCGUCCAGAGCAAAAGAUUAGUGCGUAGCCGGUAAAGCCGACCCGCUCGACACAGCUCUCCUGAUCCACGCAAGGAGAAGAGCAAAUUGCAAAAGAAACGAAAGUGCACUAAAAAAAGGGUGAAGAAGGAAAAGUGCCAGUGUUUUGUGCGUUUCGUGUGCGUGUGUGUGUGUUGUAUAUCCCACUAUCCAUCCCCCCGAUGGGUCACGGGCUGCGUGAAAUGUGCGAAAGUAAAGGCUAGCAAGUACAUCCCCGUCUUCUUAGAAGUGUGCAUUAGCGCGUUUUGAAGUAAAAAACGUGCGUAGCCAAUUCAUUAUUUUUGCAUUAAUUUUGAUUGUUGGUUUGUUUGUUCGAGGAGUUUUCCGUCUAAAAGAAUCUAUAGAAAGAGUUCAGUAAAGGGUGAGCGGAAGGAAAUCCGCUCGGUUCCUUCCCCCACAGUGUAGGGAAGUGUGUGGUGCCGGGUUUUGGCUAUUUCUCCGCGGGGGCAGCAGUGAUGAUACCCCAACACAAUCAGGUGAUCAACGCGUUGUCACAGCACGGCAGCGAGAUGGAUACGGUGGUGGUGCAACAGCAACAGCAGCAGCAGCUGCAGCAGCAGCAGUACGGCAACAACGCCUCGCCGCCCGUGUUCGGCUCCCAGAUGGUGGAUAAGAACUCCAGCACGCCCUACACCGAUGCAACGCAGACGAAAAAACACAGCCCCGGACACAUCAAGCGGCCGAUGAAUCCGUUCAUGGUGUGGAGCCAGAUCGAGCGGCGCAAGAUUUGCGAGGUGACGCCGGACAUGCACAACGCGGUCAUCUCCAAGAACCUGGGCCAGCGCUGGAAGCAGCUGAGCCCGGAGGAGCGCCAACCGUUCAUCGAGGAGGCGGAGCGCUUGCGCAAGCUGCACACGCAGGAGUACCCCAACUACAAGUACCGUCCAAAAAAGAAGCAGAUCAAGGGUAGUGGUAGUGGUGGCGCAGGUCCGGCAAGCUCCCCCAAGAACAGUUCGUCGUCGUCCUCCUCCUCCUCCUCCACUGGUGCUGGUUCGCCCGCCCUGUCUACGUCCUCCUCGACCGGUUCGCCCGACUCGGUAUCGUCCCGGGACAGCUGCGGUUCGUCCAGUAGUUCCUCCUCGUCGUCCUCGUCGUCGUCCGCCAAGUCUCCGGCUGCGCCGGCCGGCAAGCGUAGCCGGACCGCGAGCGGGAAGGUGUCCAAGGGGGGCGCUAGCGGUGGCUCGCUCAAGGGCAAGAAGCAGCUCAUCCUCGACGAGCUGGGCCAGCCGACGAUGGCGGCGGUCGCGACGGCCGCCACCAUGCCGCCCCUAGCGGCACAGCCCGACUGUUACUCGCUGGCCGCGACCAAGCUGCUGCCGAACUCACCGGAGAGUGCCACGCUGUACGACGAGCGGUCGCUGAUCUCGCCCGAGCCCACGUUUGGCUCGUUCACGGAAGGCACGCCCCUGUUCAUCCGCACGCCCGACCACAGCGUGUUCGCGGUGGACGAAAGCAGCCACUUUGAGCACGAGGGCAAGGGCUUCCGGUACGCGCACGGCGCCACGCCCGAUCUCACCGGGGGAGACAGUGUGGGGAGCCCGCUGGGCCACACCAACCACACCACCUGCUCGACCGCCUCCGCCACCAAUACCACCUCCAGCAGUCCGGCGACCACGGUCACGGUGCAUCACGGUGCGCACGUGCCGUCAUGCAACAGUCCCCUUCCGCAACAGCACCACAAUCAACACCAGCAACACAAUCAGCAGCAACACAACAACAACAACAACAACAGUCUUCAGAUCAACAACAAUCACCUCCAGCAGCAAACGACGCCGUCCGCCAAGUCCGUCUACGCCGACAGCGACGGUGACUGCAUAAAGACGGAGAAGUACUACGAUGACGAUGAGUGUCAGAGUGACCACUUUGGCGGCAUGCUGGAUCUGGAGCCCGGUGUGUGUUUCAGCGACAUUGAGCCCUUCAACGGGCAUUUCACGCUGGCUGAGCCGCAGCAACAGCAGCACCAACAGCAGCAGCAGCACCCUCAGCAGCAACAGCAACAGCAACAGCAGCAGCCACAACAGCAGCAGCAAUCACAACAGUCACACCACCUCAACCAGCAACAGCAGCAGCGGGGCGCACUAGCGAGCUUUAACGAAAUCACCAACGGACAGCAGUGCCACCAGCCAUUGCAGCAGCAGUUGCUGCAACCGUUCCAGUACUCCGAGGCAAACCAGCCCCUGAUUGCCAACAGCCUUCACCAGCAGCAGCAGCAGCAGCACCAGCAGCAGCAACAGCAGCAACAGCACCAGCAGUUCCAGCAGCAUCUGCGCCAGUAUACGUGCCAGCAGCUAGCGGUGGAGAAUAUGGGCAGCUUGUCGCUGAUAGCCGAGACGUCCAUUGUGCCCAACUGUCAACCGUCGCCGUCGGUCGACGGGUUCGGCACGCUCGUGGCCCUCGACAGCCACAUCAUCGACAGCAUGAGCCAGUCGGACGAUCAGAACCUGCUGGACGGUAUUCUGGACGUGUGCGCCGCCCAGAUGGACUACACGUUCGAGGGCAUGGAAACGGCCUCCUCGUCCAGCGGCUCCCAUCUAGAGUUCAUCGCCGAGGGCAACAGUAUUUUCCUGUCCGAGCAAAACCUCAGCUUCAACGUGUAAAAGCAGGUGCACUGGUGAGCGAAAUAUCCCCCCCCCCAAAAAAAAAAAAACAAAAGAACCUUUCCUCACUACUCAUACACACAUCUCUACAAAACACAACUUUUCCCCCACAUACCAACAAACAUACACAUAAAUAUAUAAACCAACACACGGGUGAAUAGUAGAGAAAGGGAUUUGAGCCUUCGUAGUCUUGGAAUUUAUUAUCCACAAAGAAGGGGAAAAGUAAAAACAGAUGCAAAGUAAACACUUUGUUAUCAUUUAUCACACAAACAAAAUGAGAGAGAGAGAGAGAGAGAGAGAGAGAGAGAGAGGCAGAGAGAGAUAAGAGGAAAAAGAGACAGAGAGAGUAAGGCAAAAGAGCAGACAAAGAAAAAAGGAAGCGUAAGAAGGGAAAAAAAUAAGUGCUUUAUCAGAUGAGGUGCAUGAUUGUACAGAAAGUGCGUGAGUACGAGAGAGCAAGUGAGAAAGAGUGCGUGAGUGUGUGUGAGUUUGUGUGUAAGCGUACAGUAACAGAAUGAUCUAGAACCCUAAGGAAAACUUAAAAUAUAGCCAGAAAAUGCGCGUUAGUGCGCGUGUUUGUCAAGCAUGCAAUAUAACAAAACCAUAAAGCAAAAAAACACUAAGUAAGAAAACAAGCAAAGAGUUCGGAAAGUUGAAUAGAGAAAGAAAGAAAGUAUCAAAAGAUACAAAAUGGAAAUAAAACAAAGCCGUAAACAAAACACACAAACCGAGCGACUCAGAGCUUACAGAAAAAUAGGAAAAGAAACCCACAUACAAAAACACACAAACACUCACAGAAAGAAAAGUGAUCGGAGAACGUUUGACGUUUAGAGAGUACGAUGCAUAGCUGGUUGAA